CGUCAUUGACACCUUCCUCUCUCCUCCUCGUUCCUCUUUUAGUUUAUAAAUUGCGGUUCUUUCCAUUCUGUCUCCCUUCUCCAUCGGAAAUUAAUCAGCGAGCGAUAGAGCCGAGAAAUCCCUGGAGGAGGAAGCCGGAAGGCGAGCAUGGAGGGCGGAGAGAACGAUCGGGCAGCGGCGGAGGUCAGGACGCCGCUUUUGGGGCCCGCCGGCCGGAUGCCGCGCAAGAACUCGGUGACCUCAAUGAGGGGCGAGUUCGUGUCCAGGCUGCCGGAUAAGGUGAGGCGCGGCGUCGACUUGGAGAGGCCUUUCACGCUCGACGUCUCCCAAACCAGAGAUCUCAUUGAAGGGGAAAAAGAAUACUACGAGAAACAAUUUGCAACCCUGAGAUCCUUUGAGGAAGUUGACUCCUUGCAUACAAAAACCAUUGACGAGGAUAAAGAUCUUGAAGAGCAAGCACAGAGUGAAUUUGCCAUAAAGAUAUCUAACUAUGCAAACAUUGCUCUCUUGGCACUAAAGAUUUAUGCUACUAUACGAAGUGGUUCAAUAGCUAUUGCUGCAUCAACACUUGAUUCGUUACUGGAUCUUAUGGCUGGUGGAAUCCUCUGGUUUACACAUUUGUCAAUGAAAAGCAUAAACAUAUACAAGUAUCCUAUUGGCAAGUUGCGUGUUCAGCCAGUUGGAAUUAUCAUAUUUGCUGCAGUUAUGGCUACUCUAGGAUUUCAGGUUUUUGUUCAAGCUCUUGAGCGUUUGAUUGAAAAUACACCCUCCGAAAAGAUGACCUCAACACAAUUGAUAUGGCUAUACUCAAUCAUGUUGACAGCCACAUUCAUAAAGCUAGCUUUGUGGCUUUACUGCAGAACCUCAGGAAACAAUAUUGUCCGUGCCUAUGCUAAGGACCAUUAUUUUGAUGUCGUCACCAAUGUUCUUGGCUUGACUGCUGCUAUUCUUGGUGAUAAAUACUACUGGUGGAUUGACCCUUCUGGAGCUAUCAUUCUUGCAAUAUAUACAAUUACGAAUUGGUCAGGAACUGUCUGGGAGAAUGCAGUUUCACUGGUUGGGCAGUCCGCUCCACCAGAGAUGCUGCAGAAAUUAACUUACCUCGUAAUAAGGCAUGAUCCUAAGAUUAAACGAGUCGACACUGUCCGAGCCUAUACAUUUGGAGUCCUUUACUUCGUUGAGGUUGAUAUUGAACUUCCAGAAGAUUUGCCUCUGAAAGAAGCCCACAUGAUCGGAGAAUCCCUGCAGAUAAAGAUCGAAGAACUUCCAGAAGUAGAACGAGCAUUUGUACACCUUGAUUUCGAAUGCGACCACAAGCCAGAGCAUAACAUCCUCGUCAAGCUACCUAGCAGCCAACCUUAAUCUUGCUUCUUGUUUGUGUUUAUAUAUUUUGUGCUAUGCUAGUUAGCAUACACUUCGCCUUCUGUCUGUGGAAAUUUUAUAGCUUUACAAGGCAGUCAUGAGCUGGAUGAAUCGUCUGAAAGGUCGAAAACAAAUCAACAACGGCCCUGACUCUGGUAUCAGCUCAAUUACUAGGAUCUUGAUAGAAUUGAAUAUGAUUGUUGAACUUGUCAUCCCUGCAGAGGUCGUUUGCAUUAAAUGACUCCAUUUUUUUCUGCUCA